AUGGCAGUUUUCCAUGACGAAGUUGAAAUUGAAGACUUCACAUAUGACGAGGAAAACGAACUGUACCAUUACCCAUGCCCUUGUGGUGAUCGAUUCGAAAUUACGAAAGAAAUGCUGGAAAUGGGAGAAGACGUGGCCACGUGUCCCAGCUGUUCGUUGAUUGUUCGUGUGAUCUACGAUCCCGAUCUGUUCACCAAGUUAGAGACGCUGACGACAUCCCCUCCCAGAGCGAUGAUAUCCGAUACAGCUUGA